AACGAAAACAGUAUGGCUGCCUCCACGAAGACUGAAAAUCAACCUCAAAUGAAUAGUGGACGUUUAGCGUUAUAGCAGGAGCUGAAGACGUGAAUUAUAGCAAGUACCUCAAUUGUAGCAGUUCCCGCCUUCACCAAGAUUAUACAUCAGCAUAGAAAGAAUCUGAAGCGAUCGGACCAGGUACAUGUGAAGAGCAGUCAAAAUGACAUCUGAUUCAGCUAUUGCAAAGAGGCUGGUGGAUAACUUGCAGACUGAUCUGAGAGCACUCUUCAAUGAAACUAAGAGGAAAUAUCCACCUGUCAAAGAGGCUGCAGAGGCAGACAUCUUGAAGAUCAGGACAAUAGUUGCCAGAAGUAAAGAUGUCAUUCCUGCUCUGGUCAUGAACAGUGGGGAAAUCUUGCAGCCGUUCUUACUGGGAUGUGACACCAAGAAUCUGAGGAUUGUUCAGCUCUGUCUCGGCUCAGUGCAACGUCUUAUCACACACGAGGCCUUAUCAGCUCAAGCUGCGGGCAAUGUGAUCAGCAUGCUAUGGGGUUUGAUGGAGUGCGGGAUGGAGGACCUGAAGGUACUGCAGACAACCUUGGUUAUCCUCACCACCAACACCAUCGUCAGAGGUCCAUCUCUGGCAAAGGCUGUUGUGGUUUGCUUUCGCCUUCACUUCUCAAAGGACAACACGACAAGUAACACAGCAUCUGCCAUUGUCCAGCAAGUGAUAUCUAUUGUCUUUGAGAGGGUCCUUGCAGAAGAUGAAGCUAAUGCAGAUGGAUCAGAGGUUGCAGUGGAUGAAGAACAACUCAAGAUUAGUUUAGGCAACCGAGAAGCCCCCAAAUCACUAAGACCGUGUGCUAAGGAUGCUUACAUGCUGUUCCAGGAUCUGUGUAAUCUAGUGAAUGGGGACCCACCGUGUUGGUUGCAGGGUAUGACCACGAUGACCAAGAAGUUUGGAUUGGAGCUUCUCGAGUCUGUUCUCAACAGCUUCCCGCAGGUGUUCCUUAGGCACACCGAGUUUAGCUUCCUCCUGAAGGAGCGAGUAUGCCCCCUCCUCAUCAAGCUCUUCUCCCCCAGCUUGAAGCACCGUCAGGGGAUGUCGGCCCCCUCAGCUCCAGUCAACCCACCAGAGAAACCCACCUUUCACAUGAGUCUCAGGCUACUCCGAGUGGUGUCCGUCGUCAUUAAUAAGUACUACUCUCUUCUCAUGACAGAAUGUGAGAUUUUUCUGUCGCUAUUGGUGAAGUUCAUGGAAGGAGAUAAACCACUGUGGCAGAGAGUCAUGGCACUAGAAGUCUUACACAAGAUCUGCUCACAAUCAAAACUGUUAAGGAUGUUCUGCCAAUCUUACGAUAUGAAGCCUCAUUCCACCAAGAUCUUUGCCAACAUAGUGAACGCCCUUGGAGUCUUCACGCAGUCACUCUUCAUAAACCCUAUCACCGAGAGACAAAACAGUAAUUCUUCUGACAAGUCCACAAAGGAGACUGGUAGCACAUCUCAGAGCAGUACUGGAAGCUCACCUGCAGCUAGUAUACACCCCCAAGCUGCUUUCACAUACAAGGGGGUUUGGAUACCACUCAUUCCUGUAGCAACAUUAGGCACAUCAAAGGCUUUAAUAAUGGACAUGUUAGAAAAGACAGACGCCCCUCCCAUCCCAGACGGCUACGCCAUGUCCGUAUCCUUUGCGUGUCUCCUGGACGUGACCAAGAGCGUCUCAUCGGUCGUCACCUUGGAGCUUGAGUCGGAGGAGAAGAGGGUGGACAGGGAAGAGAGAGAACGAAAGCGGAAGGAGCAAGGAUCAGUUCUAGCGGAGGAGGAGGAGCGAGAAGAGGAAGAGGAGGAUGACGACAGGCCUAGGAGUGUAGACAGUGUGCUAGCUACAGUCAAUACAGAUCUGAAAGAUCUUUGGGUUGAGAUGGUGAAUUCUUCAUGGUGUGGUGUAUUAGCUGCUCUCUCACUCCUCUUAGAUGCAUGUACCGACGAAGCAGCGACGGAAGCCAUCUUGAAGUGUCUUGAACUGUAUGCUAGUCUGUGCGGCAAGUUAGGUCUGACUGUCAACAGGGAUGCAUUUGUGACUGCUCUCUGCAAGUCCUCCUUGCCACCUCACUAUGCCCUCGCUGUACUCAACAUUGCUCUACCAACUAGCUCGAAUACCAGUACCCCUAAAGAUCACAAGAGGAGUUCGAGCAGCGCUAGUCGUGAUGGGUUCCUCCAGGCCACAGAGGGAGGCAAUGCCGAUCCUGCAGAUACCAGAAACCAAGUGGUUGCCGUAGGAACCCCUCUUACUUCAGUCGUUGGUGGGCAACAAGGACCUGUCAUGCUAACUGCUAAGAACAUCCAAUGCAUGAGAGCCAUCCUGUCCUUAGCUCACUGCCAUGGAGCUAUCCUAGGAGCAUCAUGGCACCUCAUCCUAUCCACCCUGCAGCAUCUGGUAUGGAUCUUGGGUCUCAAGCCUACACCUGGUGGAGGUCUCAAAGCCGAUGAAUCACAAACUGUUGUGAUGAAGAUUGGAGGAGGGACUGACUCACAUACCACAGUCAUCACCACUGCAGCCAUGACUGAGCUUCCCGUUCUAUCGUCCAUGCUGUCUCAGCUCUUUGAAAGCUCCAAGUACCUCGAUGAUGUGGCCUUACACCAUCUUAUCAGUGCUCUCUGUAAGCUAUCUUCAGAAGCAAUGGAGCUAGCCUACUCAAACAGGCAAGAGCCCUCUCUCUUCGCAGUAGCCAAGCUCCUAGAGACGGGAUUGGUCAAUCUCCCUCGCAUGGAGGUACUCUGGCGCCCUCUCACAGCGCAUCUGUCCGAUAUCUGCCAGCACCCCAACGUUAAGAUGAGGGAGUGGGGUGCCGAAGCAGUCACAUCGCUCAUCAAGGCAGCUCUUGCGUACAAGCACACCCCUCCACUUCAUGAAAACCUGAGGUUACAAAUGUUACUCCUGAGUCCCCUCCAAGAACUGUCAUUGAUACCCCAUGCAGACAUCAGACAGAAACAGCUUGAUUGUGUGCAUCAGAUCCUGUCUAACAACGGGGAGACACUCGUCCAUGGCUGGCCUCUAGUCUUAGGGGUGGUUGGUGCCGUUACUACUGACCAAGGGGAGUCGUUAAUUCGUUCAGCAUUCCAGAGUAUUCAGUUGGUCGUCACAGAUUUCCUUUCCAUCAUGCCUUGCUACUGCUUACAAAUCUGUGUCGAAGUGGCAGCCAAGUUUGGGUUGCAGAAAGAAGAGCUCAACAUCAGUCUCACAGCAAUAGGAUUAUUGUGGAACAUCUCAGACUACCUGUACCAAAACCGAGAGAAGAUCAGAACGGUGCUCAGUAAGGAAACCGUUGGUGGACCUAAACCCACAAGCAAUGGAGAACAACCCAUCCCUCCCUUUGAUGCUCUGUGGCUAACCCUCUACUCAAGGUUAGCUGACCUGUGUGUAGACUCCAGACCAGCGGUCAGAAAGAGCGGUGGUCAAACUCUCUUCUCUACGAUCAGUGCCCACGGAGCUCUCCUCAAGCAUACCACAUGGCAGAUUGUACUAUGGCAUGUUCUGUUCCCACUGCUUGACAAAGUCAAGAAGUGUUCCAGUGUAGCUGCUACUGAGCAGCUGGAGCCCAGUGGAAACAUCCUCAUCCAUCACUCAAGGGACACAGCGGAGAAGCAGUGGGCAGAGACAAAGGUUCUCACGCUAGCUGGGGUGGCCAGGGUCUUCAAUACAUGGAGAUAUGCCCUCUUACCACUAGGUGACUUUCCCAGAGCAUGGGCUCUCCUGUUGGAGCACAUAGAGGCUUCUGCACUCAGCCCCAGCAAAGAAGUCUCCCUCAAUGCCCUCAAGAGUUUCCUAGAGGUCAUCCAGAUGAAGACGCCGAAGCAGAUAGUGACGGUCAUCCCGGACCCACAACAGUCCCCUCAGAAAUCAGGACGGAAUGGUAGCAUUGAAACGGCGUCCCUCACGACGGACCUCCCCACCCCAGGUGGCGAGACAAUCAUCCGCAUGCAACCUUCGAACUCUGAUACAUAUGAAACGGAAAAUGAAAGGACUAGUGAUGCAACCAAUGGAAGCAUGGAAGCUGUUGAAGGGAUCGUCCCAGGGUUUGAAGAUGCCGCCCUGUGGUCCAACGCAUGGAGGGUUUGGAUCAGUAUAGGUACCAACAGCACAAAACCACCCGAGACCAAAGCGGAUGCCGUGCUUCCCACGCAAGCUUUCCUGACGGCCCUUGUGCAGAUAUUCCCCUACCUCUUUGAUCAUGUCAAGGACAAGUUUGUGUCAUCGGACUUGCAGAAGUUGUGCUUGGUUCUGCAGAGUGCAGUAUCUGUGCCAGUGCAGGCAGACAUGUCAGUGUUCCUGAUACCGUCGUCCACAGAAACAGAGAUCACCACGUUGCAGUCUGCGGUCUUACAUGUAUUUGAAGUACUCAAAAAGGCUGUUGCAGAAGGCAGUGAGGUAAUGCAGUCUAUGUAUCCAGCCAUAUUUGAUCAACUCUUAACGUUCAUCACAUACUCCUGCCAGCCUCCAUCGUUUGGUCACAUAGAGACCAAGGCUAUUACCAAAACUGCACCUAAACAGAAAAAGACACAGCUUUAUCAGGGAAUGUUUGAUUCGAAGGAGAAAUGGGAGAGUUAUAGGUCUGCCACACAGUCUGACUGGGUCGCCAUGAACUACGUGCCCUUUGCUGAGAAGGCCUUACAGCUGACCUCUGACCUUUACAGGUCAACGGCCGAGCAUCCAUCCGUCAUGAAGCAGCAUGUCCUGCAGAACAUACUAAGGGUUUUCCAGCUGCCCUUGGGUCUCAAAUAUGCAUGUCCUGCCCCUUCGACAUGGAAGCUUGCAGUACAGUGCCUACUUGAUAUCCUACAUGUGGGACUACCGGUGGCCAGGAAAACGGAAUUCAGCGCAAAGUUUGAAGACAUGUGGAUGGACUUGGCUGCAUCGCUUGAAUUAUUCCUCUUCUCAGAACACCCUACACCCUCCACCCUUUCAGUUGAGGAGCAGCAGAAAGAUGAAGGCAUGGAUGUGAAGGUCGUGCUCCUCAUACGGGAGGAGAUUCUACCUUUCUCAUCUAGUGUUCCAGAGCAUUUUACAGCUCGCAUCAUGGCCCUCCUCAAUAGAGGCUCUAUCCACUCAGCUAGCACAGCAAGCUUCUUAGAUGUAGACAAUCGUCAGCUACGAGAGGAGUUUGCCAAGGCCUGCUUCGAGACCCUUCUCCAGUUCUCUUUCAUCUCCCAGACGAAACCUCUUAGAGAUGCAACAGACGAGGGAGCCCUUACCAAGAUGGCGCUGGCUUCUUUGCUCCAGCGAUGCCAGGAAGUGCUCAAGAAGUAUGUGGAAGAUGAGAGGCUGAGUGGGAAGUGUCCUCUUCCAAGAUCCAGAAUGACUGAGAUGUCCUUCGUCUUACAAGCUGUCACAACACUGAUGCAAUCCCUCAAGAAAGCUACUGCAGACAAUGUUGACCAGAGUACAUGGAGCCAGGUGAUCGGUCUCUACCCAUUCCUUGUGGAUUGUACGACCUGUACGUCGUCACAGGUCUGUAAGGCACUCAAAGAAGCCCUCUAUCAGUUCCAAGAACUCCUCGUAGCACCACAUCCUCCUACCGGGAUGGUGAAUGGAAAAUGAUGAUCAGUCUCUACCCAUUCCUUGCCGAUUGUACCAUCUGUCUCUAAGGCACUCAAAGAAGACCUCUAUCAGUCUCAAGAACUCCUCGUAGCCCCUCAUCCUCCUACCCGGGUGAUGAAUGGAUGAAAAGUGAUGAUGUAUCCUCUCCGUUAUUCAACAUCUAAUGAAUUAUGCCUCCAUUUGGCAUUGUUCACCAGGAGAGAAUGAGCUCAGUUCUCAUCACUCUGUAACAGAGAUUGAGAUUUUUGCAGAUUUUAUUGACAAGAGGCCUUGGAUUCUAAGAACCUGUCAAGGAUUGUUUCAUUAAUCGACUAAAAUGGAAGUAUUCCGACGAUCAGCAUUUCGGAGGUUAUGAUAGCUGUCCACGGGCUUAAACCCUAACCUGUGGGCCAACAGGGUGUUCGUUGGUUGGCAAUUAUUCCAACCCUAAAUCCGCUAGCAUGACUACCAGGCUUGACUAGGAACCUCUCAUGUGGAGUGGCUCAUGUUUUAAAGCAACAAACUCUAAACGUAAAGAAGCCAAAAUAAACAUCACAUGUGUAUCAGCUGUGUAUGACGUAUUUGGAUCAUACAUAACAAACAGAAUGACGGAUAUCAGUUUACGUUUUUGUAUUGAGUUGACAGCAUUACUAGAGGAUAGACUUUCUAGUAUAUCGAGCAAAGUGGUACAUUUUAUAUUGAUUUGUUUUCAUUAUUUCAUUGUCCUGCUUUACAUACUUGUAUCAGACUCAAAAUGAAUAAAUACCAUCCCCUUUGACAGAAUGAUAGUUAUGCAAAGACCCCUACUAGCUUUUUUGGGAGAAGAAUCAUUUGAAUUACAAAAUAAUUGAAAUUGAAAAAAGUAAUUGCUUGAAGCCCUCGUACCCUACCAUUUCAAGAUAAUUUCAAAGAUUAUGAGGACUGUGGUUAUUUCCAUGUGAAGUGUCAUUUGAUGAUUAAUAGAUAUUAAACUAGUACUACAGAGCUGUCUUCAUCUCCAAUAUGUAACAAUAUGCUGCAUGUAAAUGCUGACUAGUUUCUCUUAGUUUAUUUUGGUAUUCUUUGUUCUGUGUUGUUCCCUCUUUGUCGGCAGGGUUUAUCAUGUCGCUUUGCUUGACUUAGCUCAGUUAGUCAUUAUUUGAUUGAAUCGUCCUGAAAAAUCACUCUAUUUUUCAAUAAUUUUUGUAAAAUCUUGUUCCUAUUCGCUCUUUAAAAAGAGGUUAUUUGUUAAAUUGCAUAAUUUACUCAAUGUACAUGAUACAUUGUAUAGAAACAUUUGCAAGACUGAAUCAGUGAUUAGAUAAUUACAUCAAUACUUUUAUCCAACCAUGCUCAAAUUUUUGUCAGUAAUCCUGAUUAUGUAUAUUAUAUUUACAAAUGUAGUGCAAUUUUAUGUUGAUGUGUAUAUGAGUAGAUAUAUAGGUUUGGAGAAAGGACGUGCAAGGAAGUGACUUUGGAUGUGCUAUUAUUUGUCUCAUGUUAAAGUAACUGUGGUGAGAAUUAUUUUUUAUGUGGUUCCAUACGUAUCAAAGUAUUCAUUUGAUUUCAAGGUAUGUGUUGUAUUAUGUUGUAUUAAUUAUGCAUGUUAUAUAUCAGAGUAUAUGCUAUAUAUCCCCUUUGUUGACCCAACAUUGAAAUACUAAACAUUCCUUAUUCUAUCCCCCAACUGUUGGUGUGUGUGUGUUUGGUUUUUACAGACAUUUAUCAAUCAGAUAUGAUCAUUUACGUCUGGGGACCGACCUUUAAACGUCACCAUCCUUGGCUGAAUCAGCUUGUAACUUCCAUUGUUAGCUGGAAUACAGGCGCACGCCACAAUGCCCAGUUUAAGAGGGCCCUGUCUUAUAAAGAGUUCCAAUUGAUCCAAAUUUAUGACAAAUCCUGCAAACUAACAAACUCCAAUCUCAGAGCUGUAAAUGUUUUCUUUUUUAUUUGAAUUGAUCACAAUUGUUUAUAAGACAGGGCGGGCCCAUGUCACCUGUCCCUAAAACUAAAAACCAUAUUUGAUGACAAAAAAACUAUAUGUUCACUUUUUUUUAAAGAUAUAGAAUGAUGAAAACGUGAAUAGGAUUUAGCAAAUGGACUUGAUAGUAUUUGGUCUGUUAUUUCAUUGUAAUAUUUGCAUACUUGAUUCAUAUAUAUGUAUUCCAAGAUGAGUUUCCCUUUGUUAAAGUUUACUUCUUAAGGCCCAUAUCUUUAACUUCUCUAGUCAGACCUAAAAUUGAUUUAUUUCUUUAUUGGCUGGUUUUGUACUUUUUUGAAGAAAUUCAUAUUUUUUUCAGCUCUGGUUAAAUUUUUCAUUCAUAUAUAUGAAUUGUGAAUAAUCUAGGAGUAAACUAACCUGGCUGGCAAGAAAUAUGUCGGAAUAUCCCCCUAACUUGUAUAAAUUACAGUUAGUUUUUUAGCAUAAGUAUAUUUAUAUAUAGCUAAUUAAUUUUCCAUCCGUAUUAUUGAAUUUACAAUAUUUGCAUUAUUCAGACUUUAGGGAAGGGGUAAAUGACCUCCCCUUUUCCCCUUCCGUGCCCCCUUAUAUACUAAACAAAAGCCUAAUUUGAAUUCCAUAUUAGAGGUCUAACCUGUUCAGUCGUAUCUACAAGAAGAUGUAGUUUGAACAAUUUUCAUUUUUUUUCUUCUAUUUUUCAACCUUGUGUUUUCAGAGAAUACUGGUAUUACAGAGUAGCAGCAGCUAUGUUUAGCUACACCGCUAGUGAUAAAUCAGUAUUACAUCUAUCAUAGUUUAAUAUUUUUCUAAAGAUGGUUACCUCAUCUCAUCUUUUUACAUGUCAGGUAAUGAUAAAAGGAUGUAGAAGAUAUUGACAUCCUUCCUACUUGUGGAUACAGAAUAAAUGCCAUCCAUAUCGAAUAUAAGUCUAACUGCAUAGAUACAUAUACCGCAAUACAAUAUAAGUGGUAUAAAUGUAUGUCUUUUUAUAUUAAACAAUAGUUGUCUGUAUUAUAAAAAAAAAUUAAAAAGGCAAGAGGAAAAAGGAGAAAAAAAGAUGAGAAGGGGAGAACUACUGUGACUAACUAUAUAUAGAAAAUGUAUAACUAUAACAAUAUAUAGACUUGUAUAUGAUUAUUAUUUCCAAGUGUUUGCUAAAACUUGGACAUUUAAAGGCUAUUUUAUGAGCACUAUAACUGAGUAAGGGCAUCAUUUUCUGUAUGCCAUUUUGUAAGUUGAAAGAUUUAUUUAUAUACACUAUGAUAUAAAGGUUUGAGGAUGUUUUUGCAUAUAUGUUAUGUGCAACUCAGAGAGGUUAGGCAAUUCAUUUAUAUCAAGAUUUUCAAUUAGAAUGAAUUAUCAUGGUAAAUGUAUUAACAGAAAUCUUACUUUGAUUUGUGUACCCGGUACAUUCAUUUCAUAAAUAGUUCAAGGUGAAAAAAUUCAGUUACAGAAAUAUUUAGCGAUCUAUUAGUGACAUGUAUAGAGAUGUGACUUCUGAAGUCUCAGUAGUAUUAUUAUUGUAUUAGAUCAUUUAAUAACAUUUUGAAUGAGGUUUGUCUAAUAAUAUAUAUGUAAUAAACAAUGGGAAAACAUUCUAAUGAAAUAUA